UCCACUCCAUACUCUAUCUCCCUUUCACUCACCCUCCUUCACCUUCAUCCUCGUAGGACUCUUCCUCCAUGCAUUUCACGAUUGUGUCACUAAUUGAGAAAGAAAUCCACAGCCGAACGGAGAUUUGAAUGACGCAGCCGACGUGAGAAAAGGCUGAAAUCAAAGGGGGAAUUGUCAAUCUUUGGGAAUAUUUGGCUGAAAACCUCAGAUCAUCGUUUGAACUUGGGUGAGGGUGAGGCGUGUAUAAAAACCCUAACUGAGGAUCCCUGGCCUCGCUACCUUGUCCUGAAAAGGGGUACUAAAGGCAAACAAAAACUGAAAGGCACUCUCUAUGAUGUCUCUCAAGCCAAGUCUUGCUUCUUUGAUAAUCUUCUUCCUCAUCUGGGUGGGCACUGCUUGUGCCAGUAAACCCCACAUCAUCAGCUUUCGAUCACCUAACCUCUACCCAGAAGGCAUCACCUGGGAUCCAAUCGACCAGCACUUCAUUGUCGGUUCUCUCCGCCACCGCACCAUUUAUUCUGUUUCCGAUGCCGGCGUCGUCGAUACCCUCAUUUCAGACCUCUCCCUUCCCGAAAACGUCACCUUUCUCGGCCUCACCGUCGAUAACCAUCACCGCCGUUUGCUCGCCGUCAUCCACGCCAUGGAGCCCCUCCCCCCCUACGACGCCCUUGCCGCCUACGACCUCCGCUCCCGGGAACGGCUUUUCUUGGCGCCGCUCCACGGCGACGCAGACCUAGACUCCUCUCUGAGCCGGCAGAUAGCUAACGACGUCACUGUGGACUUCGCCGGCAACGCCUACGUCACCAACGCGGCCGCCAAUUUCAUCUGGAAAGUCAACGCGAAAGGAGAGGCGUCCAUCUUCUCCAGAUCUCCGGUCUUUACGGAAUAUCCCGUGGACCGCAGUUCACCCUACAGCUUCUGCGGACUCAACGGCAUCCUUUAUAUCAGCAAGGGCUACUUGCUUGCAGUACAGAGCAACACCGGAAAAAUGUUCAAGGUUGACGCCGAGGACGGAACAGCCAGAUUGGUUCUGCUACCGCGAGACUUACCGUGGGCGGACGGCAUCGCCGUGAGAAAAGAUGGUAUUGUGGUGGUGGUAUCGCAGUCCAAGGCAUGGUUUCUGAAGAGUGAGGACAGCUGGGCAGAGGGGGCCAUUUUUGACGAAACUGCCCUUGAACCGGAGUGGUUCCCUACUUCAGUGACCAUGGGAGGGGAUCAGAGGGUGUAUGUGAUAUAUGGGCAUCUGGAGGAGGGCAUUUUCCGGAAAGGGGAAAGAGAGGCGUUUAGCAUAGAGGAGAUAAGAUCAGAAAGGGAAAGUGGGGAGGAGAAGAUUUGGGUGUACGUGUUGGUGGGUCUGGGACUUUCAUAUUUCUUGUUUUGGAGAUUUCAGAUGAAGCAGCUCAUAAAAAAUCUGGACAAGAAAACUAAUUAAUAUUUGCUCUAUGUUUGUUUGUUUGUUUGAUAGGAAUUUUAGGUUCAUCCAAGAAAGUGGCUUCUGUAUCAUUUCGUUUUGCUUCAGAGGAAUAAAUGGCUCUGUUUUAA